CAGGCAGCAUCCAGUGCGUGAAAUCAGUCCGCUGCAAGAUCUCCUUCACAUUCACCGGCCAGCACUCACUCUCAUUGCGUGGAGGUGCCGAGGAGGAUUCCCGGGCACUGGCGACAGUCACCUCGUUGUAUCGCCCCGGCAGGGCUGGACGGGGUGGAGUGAACACGGUGGUACACAGUUAUGUAUCCCAACAUGUCGCCGUGUAGCUUGUGAUGCCUAGACCAGCUCCGGGCAGAGCACCGGACAAAUUUUACACGAUUGCACAAACGAUGUUGCUGAUUUCCAUCCGUGAGCCACAUGAAGAAACAAGGAGGGUGGGGGUGGGAGCUGAUGUGGUCAUCUACAGCACCGCCUCUUCUUUUCGACCAGGUUUAAUCUUCCAUUCUUUUCAAGGGAUCGAGAGACUUGAGUGAAGAUGAUCAAAACGGAGUCUCAGUCGGCCACCUCGCUGCCACCGGAUUCCAUGGACAUCAUACACAGGCAGACCCACAUCCGCCGAGUGAGGCUCAACGUCGGGGGUCUUCUCCACGAAGUCCUGUGGAGGACGCUGGACCGCCUGCCCCGCACCCGUUUGGGUAAACUGAGGGACUGCGACACCCAUGACUCUAUCAUGCAGAUAUGCGACGACUACAGCUUGGGGGACAGCGAGUACUUUUUCGACAGACAUCCCGGCGCUUUCACCUCCAUCCUGAACUUCUACCGCACCGGGAAGCUUCACAUGAUGGAGGAAAUGUGCGCCCUCUCGUUCAGCCAAGAGCUGGACUUCUGGGGCAUUGACGAGAUCUACCUGGAGUCCUGCUGCCAGGCCAGGUACCACCAGAAAAAGGAGCAGAUGAACGAGGAGCUGAAGAGAGAGGCCGAGAAUAUGAGCGAGAGGGUCGGAGAGGAGUUUACAACCACGUGUUGUUCCGAAAAGAGGAAGAAGCUCUGGGACCUCUUGGAGAAACCAAGCUCAUCAUUUGCUGCUAAGAUCCUGGCCAUUAUCUCCAUCCUCUUCAUCGUGUUGUCUACCAUUGCCUUGUCUCUGAACACCCUUCCAGAGCUGCAGGACAUAGAUGAGUUUGGUCAUUCCACAGACAACCCGGAACUGGCCCACGUGGAAGCUGUGUGUAUUGCCUGGUUUACCAUGGAGUACCUGCUUCGCUUCCUCUCCUCCCCCAGCAAGUGGAAGUUCUUUAAGGGUCCGUUGAACAUAAUAGACUUGUUGGCUAUCUUGCCAUACUACGUCACCAUCUUUUUGACUGUAUCCAACAAAAGUGUGCUGCAAUUUCAGAAUGUCCGCCGCGUGGUUCAGAUCUUCAGGAUCAUGCGGAUCUUGCGUAUUUUGAAGCUGGCUCGUCAUUCGACAGGUCUCCAGUCUCUGGGUUUCACGCUAAGGAGGAGCUACAAUGAGCUGGGCCUGCUUAUCCUUUUCUUGGCCAUGGGCAUCAUGAUCUUCUCCAGUUUGGUGUUCUUUGCCGAAAAGGAUGAAGAGGACACCAAGUUCAAAAGCAUCCCAGCUUCUUUUUGGUGGGCUACCAUUACUAUGACAACGGUAGGCUAUGGAGAUAUAUACCCCAAAACUCUACUGGGGAAGAUAGUUGGAGGAUUGUGCUGCAUUGCCGGAGUACUGGUGAUAGCCCUGCCUAUCCCCAUUAUUGUAAAUAACUUCUCUGAGUUUUACAAAGAGCAAAAGAGGCAGGAGAAAGCCAUCAAAAGAAGGGAGGCUCUGGAGAGGGCUAAGAUCAAUGGCAGCAUUAUUUCUAUGAACAUGAAAGAUGCAUUUGACCGCAAUGAAGAACUCAUGGAUAUAAUAGUGGAAAAUGCUGGUGAAAAAAAGGAACAGAUACAUGACAAUCAUGUGUCUCCUAGUAAGCAGAAAGUCACACUCAAACUCAGGUCGCAGAUGAGGCCCAGCAGCCCCCCCAUGGCCCUCGAAUCAAGCUACCAAGAGCAGACCAAGCCCUCUAGCAACCCUCAGUAUCUCAGCACACAGACACUGGAGGAGAUGUACAAUACAAUGGCCAACACCCAGCCACAUCCCAACCUUGACAGCGAGGAAAAGGGGCCGCCCUCCAAAGCAGUUUGGCAGAGAACAGAAAUAGAGAUGGGGAGCAUCACCGCAGAAGCAAUCACAAACAAAGCAGAAACGUUGGCAGACAUGAGGAGCAUGUCCAGCAUUGACAGCUUCAUCAGCUGCACAACUGACUUCCCUGAAAGCUUUCGCUUUUCCCAAAGCCCCAUCAGCAGCAUGCCGGCGAAGGUCAGCACCCGCCCCAGCCUGGAGCCCACUUUGGAGAAUGUGCAUGAAGAAUCCCAGGGCGCCAAUACACCCCAGACUGAACGAGGCACGAAGCUCGGCCCGCGUGCAGAGAGUCCUGGGGCUCUGCGCUUCAACAGCCUGCUCAAAAGACAGUCCCUCAAGGUCAACUCUAGAGAUGGGGAGGAAUUAGGGACAGGGGCCCUCUCUGACAGCUCAUCAGUCCAGAGCCCUGAGGUGUCGGUCUACACAACUGCCAGAAGUAGGACACCCAGUAAGAGCCCGGAGAAUGUACUCUCCAGCAGCCUCUUCACAUUCCACGAUACGUCCAUCAAUAAAUUCAUUGACGCUGACACAGAUGACGAUGAGCACAUGCAUGACGGUUCGGGGAUCCGUCCCUCCCAAAGAUUCCUGGAAGGAACAAGCUCCAGGUUGGGCCAUCACUCCAGUUUCCAGCAAGGGAAGCUGGGGAACCGCACGCUACCGUUAGAAAGGCAGGAGAACCAUGUGGGUCAGGAGCUACAACCACUUCAAGAUACAAUGAAGCAGAGGCCCUGAAUGAAACAUGCAAGAGAGGAGGGCGCAAAAAGGGAAAUGUUCAGAAGCACAGCAAAAGACAGAUAAAGACAGUGAACAUAUUUACAAAAGCAUUAAUAGAAGUUCACCACAAAAUGUGUCUGACGUGGAAAUAGCUGCGGACAGUGAGACAGUGUUUUGCUCUUUUUCUAGGACUCUUGAAUUAAUCAGUUCAGCAAAAGACUAAUCCAUUUUUUCAUUUGGCACGGAUUGCCUUUCCGAACAUUUUGACUAUUUAUACAUUUACUUCAGUCCAGAUUGACAUAAUAAUACCAACAUAGUUGUAAGACUAGACCAAUUGAACCGUUUUUUUGACAUCCCUGGAUAAAGCAAUAGAAAAGCUGUCCAAGUCAAAGCAAGCCACAGAAAGUAUUGAAACACGUCUCUGUAAAGUGGGAAACUCAUUCAGCGGUAAUUCAGAAAACUUGUUUGGUGAAAGAGCAACUUACCUUUCUUCUUUACUUUAUUAGUAUAAUUAUUGCAUUACAAAAGCAACAGUGUGUCGGAAAAAUGUACAUUUUGCUUCCUUUAACUUCUUCCUCAAUACUGGCCAUAGUUUAUGUUGUGUUUUGUUUGUGUUUGUGUUUGUUUUAGGUAGAACGAGUGACACAAACAGCACAUACAUACAUAGACACAAAUACACAAACACAUUUGUAUAUAUAUACAUAUAUAAGUAUAAGUAUUUAUAUAUAUAUAUGUACAGUAUAUUUAGUGUUAUGUUCUUGGGUCCUGCUGGUCUAGGAGAAAAACUAGAAGUUUAGUGUGACUGUGUGUCAUUCCUGUUUAGCUGAUAAUUUGAGCUUCACAUAAAAUCGGCAUCAAUAAAGCUGGAAAGACAGCACUGAAAAAUCAACGAGAUAGUCUGUGUAGAACCUCCAGUUUUGUAGAAGUGUGAUUAGUGUACAACUAAUCAAAUGCAAUAAGACUAAAGGCCCACAUUUAUUUUAAAAUUAAAAUAAUUUAUAUUUUUAAGAUAUAGUUAUAAAACAAUGAACUUUUAGAUAAAUAUAAUCACAUAGUUUUGUAUUUCAACAUGUGUACUUGUUGGAUUUGUUGGAUGGAUUUGUUAGACUACAUCCCAUCUACAUACAUUCAUUGUUGGAUUGCAUCGAUGCAUUCCAAGUAUUCUAAUCUUUAUUGUUGGAAUGCAUUGAUCCAAGUAUUGUUCUUUAAAUGUUUAUUCAACUUCAUCUAUUUCGUCCACCGCACCUUUCAACUCCUUCACAGUUUUAGCUAUUAAGACCAUUCAAAUAUUAGAAUCUUCAGCUUCUUCAGGAGAGGGAUGCUAUGAAUUUUCAGCUUUUUAGCUAAUUUAAUGAAUUACAUUAAAAUCAUUAACUUUUUUAACAUGGUUUCCAAUGGAGUUAAUUUUCAAAUCAUCUCAAAACUUUCUUCAACUUUUUCAGCAUUACCAAUCUUUCAGCUAGAGACACCAUUUCAACGAUGACAAAGGUAUAGAAAAAACAUCUUGUUGAUAUCUAUUCUACUUAUUUCAUAAUCACUAAUUAUGUUUCCUUAGUUUUUCAGUCAUCUUCUGUGUUUUACAUGGGUUUCAAUGUAGGGAGCUAGAGGGCAUCUUUGCAAUGUUCCGGAAAUCUAGAGUGAGCGAAGCAUCAGAUUUUGCUAAAAAAAAAAGAUGGCACUUUUGCCCUUAGGGCCACAAUAUCCACUUUUCAGGCUUCAUUUUUGGAUCAAAAUGAUGCCGUGCUUGUGCUGGACGGACUCAUGUGGGUAUGGAAUCCCAGAGUUAUUUACUUAUGUCCUGAAGAGCCCGAGAGUGAGACAAAGUCGGUCCCAAGCCCCAUGGGGUCCAAUACAAACCUGGCGACAUAUUUCUAAUAAAAACCAGAAGGUACACGUUUUGUUAAACUGCUAGUAGAGCCAUUUUAAGACACAGAGAGACAUGUAAACUACAGGGAGUGUUCGUCAGAGUCUUGUGUCUCUCAAAAUGAAAUUAUUUUUUGGAUACCCCUGAUAGUUUUCCUCCAGUGGACAUUUGUUUGAGGUGUGGAUUCUGUGUAAAUCGCUAUCUCUCUCGGCCCCUCUGAGCUCGUUAGUGACUGAUUUCAGAACCGUUGUUUCUAUUCAUCCAGCAAUGUUUACAAUUCAUAUCAGCUUUCAUUUCUGUUUUGUUUCAAAUUCAUAUGAGCUUCUCCCAUUUUUGUUUUUUUGCAAUUUUUGCUAAAUUAAUUUGAGCUUAUCCUAUUUCUAUUAUUUCAGCAUUGUUUAGAAUUUCAGCUUUUUUCAUUUCUGUUUUUUAGGCAACUUUCUGUAAUUUAAGUAAGUAAUUUCAGCUUUAAGCAUUCCAACGCAUUUUCAGCAGGAAAUGCAUUUUCUAGUUGUAAAUGUAUAUGUCCCUCUGUGCAAUGUGACGAACCAAAGAAUUGUUCUUUCUUAUAACAUAUAUAAAUGAAGGUAACUUUACUUUUAUCUCUUAGAAAUUAAAAAAUAGGCAUUCUUUUUGAGAAUCUAACACAUUUCAGGGAACCAUACUUGCUCUUUUGGUACAAACAUACUGCAUUACAGAUGAGAGGACAGGCCUUGUAAGAGGAAAGCUGUUGAUGGAAUGACAAGAGAAUAUAGGUGGAAAAUUAUAAAGAAAUUAAAAAAUGUUACAUGCGUCCCGUAAAAUAAUUCUAUUAUUUACAGACCAUCAACCUUGUAAAGAUGUUUGCUUCCAGAGAUCUAAAACUUACGCUGGCAUGGGUUCACGUGACCUCUCUUGGAAAACAUAAAUCCCAGUCCAAGCAAACAAACAUCAUUGCAGACUGAACAAUCACUGUUUCCAUAGGGAUAGUUUAAAUGAAAUUUACAUUUGAUGCAAGCAAGUAGGCUAAUCUGUAGAGAGGGAGUCCUCAGAGAAAGACAUUAGAGAUGAUAGGAAGAAAAGAGAUAAUAUUGGCAAAUAUUUAUUGUGUUUUCAAUCAUUCAUGCACCUCUAUUUCCAUCCGUUUGUGCUCUGCCUAAAGAAUAGUUACCUAAAGAAUACUGCACAAACACCGCAACAUAAGCAUGCAAAACAAAUGUGUCGUUGCUAUGAUGUGCACAAUACCUUCGGCGAUCAGGAAGCUUGUUUGACUGAGAGAGCUGUGCAGCAUGAUUGGAACUGAGACACCCAAAUGGAUGAAAACACCGUUCUCGCUUAUGAAGUAUUCUCUGAGACAGGACAAUGGCUGGUAAACGAGAAAAUGUUACGCUGCCAUAAUAAUAAUCACUCGGGUGUGUUUCUGUCAUCAGCAACUUCCUUGUCUGUGAUUCUUUUGUUGAGACAUCCUUUUGAGGAUGUGUUCACUUCUGUGAUUCUAUAAAUAUCCUCCUGGCCGUGCGAAAGGAGGGCCUGGUCCAGGAGGAAAGGUUCAGUUACAGCAAUGUCAUGGAGGAACAAACUUUAUUACAGAAAGCUCUGGUGACAGGAAAUGGAAGCUUACGGGAAACUACAAAUAGUCAUGCUGGUAUGUCAAAAUGUCAAAGUUACAAAGGGUAGUAUGACUUUCCGGAAUCAGGAAUCAGGUACUUCCAUUGCCGUACAAGGAAUUCGACAUGGCGGGUGGUGCAAUACAUUGCACAAUAAGACAAUGAGAGUGAGGGAUGUCAGAGUCAGUCAGUGGGGAACCCGGGCUCUGUUGAUGAGCCUGAUGGGAAGAAACUGUUUGUUUGGCGUGAGGUCUUGGUCCUGAUGGAGCGCAGCCUCCUGCCAGACACAAAGUUUCUUUCCGGGGUCAGUUGGCUACAAUCUCUCUUGCUCGCUUCAGGGUCCAAGAAGCGACGGCAGAUUGCAGCCGAUCACCCUCUCUGCAGAGCGGAUGACACGGUGCAGCAUACAAGACGGCGAUGGAGGAUGGACUCAACGACGUCGGUGUAGAAGUGCACCAUCAGUGUAUUUGUCAGGUUGAAUUUCUUCAGCUUUUUCUUGAGUCGUCUUUGUGAUGGAGCUAAUGUUCAGCUUCCACCUGAGGUCCUGGGUGAUGAUGGAGCCCAGGAAAUGGAAGGAGUCCACAGUAACGGGGGAGUCACAUGGGGUGAUGGGGGAAGGUGGGACUUCUUCCUCAAAUCCACCAUCUCCACGGUCCAGGUUGGACUCCACCCCCCCCUCCCCCAGAACGCAGCCUUGGGGGGAACCGGUGCUGAAGGCACUACUGAAGGCAAGAGCAACACAAGAACUCACUGUGGAGAUUCUUUAACAUUCAUCACAAAACAGUCAGAAAUGCAGUAUGUACAAAAUAGUAGACUCAUUUACCGAAAAGCAAUAGUAAAUGUAAAUGGUCACAACUAUUUCUUCUGUUGGAUAAAUGUUGACAACGGGAAAAUUGUACUUUUCUUUUCUUGAUUUUUCUGUUGUAGCCAUGCAAAUAAAAUGUCAGCUACAAGGGUUCAAACCAAUAAGCACAAUGUACAGUAUAAUGUCAUCAAGUAUCAAUGUCAUUUUCUUAAGAAACAAUAAGCCAACUACUGACACAUCAUAUUAUUUUCAGAAUUUUCCCUUCUUCAAUGAGUUAGUUAUCUAUGUUCAGCUCAUUAAAUAUCUGUGGCUGCCAUCACUGUUUGUGGAGAAAAUAUUGUUUUGUAAAGUUUCAUACUUUACUGCUGACUGUGUAGAAUUCUAUGUUUGUGUUUUCCUUUGUUGAAUGCAUAUAGCUAUUAAACUUUGACACAAAACGUAAUAUCACGGAAGAACCUACAGUAUAUGGAAAGGUCUAUGAUCCAAGCAACUUUCUCCUUUUACUGACUUUCGCUUAGCAAAAGAAAAUAACAGAAUGUCUUUGCCUCCCUUAGUUAACUGAAAUAAUUUUCCAUUGAAAACACUAAAUACACAUGAGGAACACAAUGAAUAAGUGCAAGCUCUGAGAUUACGCAAUGGCUGGAAACUGGGUUGUGGAUGGAAGUCUUAUACAACAGCACGCUCCAGUGUUAUGUUACGGCUGCAGUUAAGAAAAACACUUUUAUUGUUCAUUUCUCUGUGAGUUAUUUUCAUGGAACAUAAAGAAGAAAUGUCCACCAUUAUCUCCCAGGGGCCAAAAAUACAUUUUACAAUAGAAUAUUUUGACUGACCAACUCUAUAAAAUAGCCUUUAAAUAAUUUUAAUUAGAAACAGGGAGACGCAGCAAUGACAUUUAGUAGCAAGCUGGAUCCUAUUCGAGAAAGAAAUUGUAACUAAAAAAUGUUAUUAUAAGGGGGCAUGUAUAUUAUAUUAUGCUGCAUAUCAUGAUCAAGGUUUUGGGGAGGAUUACGUCACACUCAAUGCCAGUCACAACUUCAGGCUUUUUAUUCAUGAAUAGUCUUAAAGUCUAUUUCUCUUUAGCAAAAACGUA